AUGGAUACAAGUUCCACUCGAGCGGAGCCGGGAAGCCCGCAGAACACAAACAGUCCUCUCCCUCCACCGCCUCCUCCUGAGGCUGGCCCUUCGGGUUCUGGACAACCUCAACUUCAACCACAAGCCGAAGAACCUGGUCAGCCUUUCCACCAAGCUAUCCCUCGUCCACAUGGGGAUUUCAUACUUUAUCCUGCUGCAGACGAGGAAGAAUACGCUGACAGUCAAGCAUCACAAGAGCAAGUUCCAGUCCAACACUCACCACGCCAGCGACCCCAACCAACUUCAUCCUCCUCUCAUCCAACAACUACUGGGGCUUCGGCCCAAUACAACGGCCGCACAUCACCCAUCCUACAACAGAACGGAAACAGAAACGCAACCUCAUCUCGACCUCCACCACCUCAACCGCUUCAAACACCCCACCCUAUUCAAAGCCACGCGCCACUUCAAACAACAGCACAUCAACCGUCUUCCGAAGCUGCUUCGAUUCAACAAUGGCAAGGGUAUAUCCGCCUGAUCGCAGCUACCCCGACAAAAUUGAGGAAGAGCUUGACGAGCUAG